CUGCUAUUGUAAUGCAACAGUUGCUUAAUAGCUAUGGUGGACACUAAGGAUUUUAUCAAUCUUGAACGUUCUCUCUCUAACCCAUUUGGCAAUUUUUCUGAUGGUUCUGCAAUUGAUGAUGAUUUUUCUGCUCAAAAUUCUGUCAGCAUUGAUAAGAAGCUGCUAAUCGAUCUACAACACCUUUCUAUUGGUCAUGUGAUCAGUGAAGGUCCCUAUUCAGUUGUUUAUGAAGGAUUAUAUAAAUCCAUGCCUGUUGCAAUAAAAAUAAUACAGCCAGACAUGUCGGCAAAUGUGAGUCCUGAGCGAAAAGUGAAAUUCCAGAGGGAGGUUACUUUACUAUCUAAAGUGAAGCAUGAAAAUAUUGUGAAGUUUAUUGGUGCUUCCAUGGAACCAACAUUGAUGUUAGUUACAGAGCUAAUGAGAGGUGGCACGCUUCAGAAGUUCUUAUGGAGCACCCGACCACAAUGUCCAGAUUUGAAACUCUCUCUAAGUUUUGCAUUGGGAAUUUCUCGAGCAAUGGAGUAUUUGCAUGCAAUUGGCAUUAUUCACCGCGACUUGAAGCCAAGUAACUUACUCCUCACAGAAGACAAGACAAUAAUUAAACUAGCUGACUUUGGGUUAGCUAGGGAGGAUGCAGAAGCUGAAAUGACAACAGAAGCUGGUACAUACCGCUGGAUGGCUCCGGAGAUGUUCAGCAUGGACCCAAUUAGAAUUGGAGUGAAGAAAUACUACAAUCAUAAAGUGGAUGUCUACAGUUUCUCAAUGAUCCUGUGGGAGCUGCUCACAAACAGCACUCCGUUUAAGGGAAGAAGCAACAUUAUGGUGGCAUAUGCUACAGCUACGAAAAUGCGUCCCAGCAUGGAUAACAUUCCGAGUGAGAUAGAACCCCUUCUUAGCUCUUGCUGGGCAGAGGAUCCAGCAGAGCGGCCAGAAUUUGAGCAAAUAUCAGAUUUCCUUGCAAACAUUCUUCGCAAUGUGUGUGGCUCCCUGACUUCUUCUCCCAAUCUGUUUGAGACGGAGCAUCCCACAGGCAAUGAGUUGGUCAAUUCUCCUGUCACAAAUUGUUUGAUGGACAAAGAUGCAGAAAAUAGCAAGAAAAAACACAGGAGUUCAUGUUGCUGCUUCAUGAGUGCAUAUGACAAUUCUCUCUGA